AUGGUUGAUAACCAAGAUUUUAAACGGUUGUUGGAACGAGAAGGCAGAAAAGAGUAUCAGCUGAUUUUGAGCAGAUGUAACGAAUUCGGUUUCGAAUACGUAGUCAACCGACCACCACAGGCAAGGAUAUGUUUCGGAUCUACAAUCGAACGGGAAGCUGUGCCACUGCAAGGCCCGGCAAAAAGUCCCAUCAUGCGACGUACCAUGAGCGAACCGUCGGGAGAGAAUUUGGCUCCGGGAUCGUACAACAUUACCUACUAUGAUGGUGCUUCCCAUCCAAUCCUCAAGAGCUCAGCAUAUAGAACCCGAGGUCAUGGUCCUCUCUCGUUCAGCACCGCCCGCUUCAAGUAUGACGAAGUCAGUCACAGUCCUGGCAUGGGUGAGUAUGAUCCGAACAAAGCACCGCCAGUUAAACCAGCGAAGAAACCAUUCGGAGCCAGCGUACCACGCUGGCGUGAAAUUGCAUAUCCGGCAGUGCCCGGCCCGGGCACUUACACCGCGAAAAAUCGACGAAACAUUCGAACGCACUCAUUUGGUGGAAAAAUCAAAAUUAUCCCAGCUACCUGUACCGUCUGCAAGACGGAGAAUUUCGAUAAGUGUCACGGAUGCAAUGGCACACCGGAGGUGGACUACUGGAAGCAUUUUAAAACCGACCGAAGUCUGUGCCGACGCUGUAUGGAAAAAGAGAUCGACGACACGAAGUAUCGAUCCAAAACCAAAUCGGUGAUGUUUCAACGGUUGGCUAAACUACGGGAGUAUAAGCGCAUCCGACAUUGUUCCUUCUACCACAAGCACGACAAAACAACGGCCGCAAUUCAGUUUGUAAGUAAUCGAGAUUUAAAACGAAAAUUCAGAGUGGAAAACUAUCUUGCGAUGUUCGAAUAA